AUCUUGCGUUUACAGUUUUAAGGGGAAAAUUACAGCCUCUUUUAAAAGCGAACCCGACGGUGUGGUAUUUCACUAGUAGUCAGCGAAAUUUAUGCGAGCGACUUUCACUGGGACUGAGCCGAGGCUGAUGGUCACAGAACAGGACUGGUCCAGUCGGUAAGGUUAGCGGAAGUCGCUUUGCAAAGGGUGUAAAAAGGAGAUAGAGAGCCUAAUUAAAAGCCACGUGUGUUUAAUUAGACAGUCUACAAUCUGUGGAGAAGCUCGUCUGUCUGUGCAUCAUGAGUUUUACGUGUAGACUUCACGAUGCCUUUGUCCAAAAUAACCUUGGCAUUGCUAUUAUGAUUCUUAAUGAGGAAAAAUCGUCUGUAUCCCUGGCUGAUCGACUGGAUGAAGUUGUCAUAAAGGAGCUGCAUAAAAACGAACAUAAGAACGUUGCGUUAGUAUUACGAGCAAUGGAACAUCUAAUUACUAAAGAUGAAGACAGCAUCCAGAAACUUGUUCAUCACGGCUUGGUUGUGAAGAUGUUGAAUUGGUUUGAGAUUUCGUCAGAGCAUCUCAAAGAACCGCACAAACCGCCCAGGGACGCCAUGAAUCUCAUCGAAGUUUUCUACGAGGUUGCCAUGGCUUUGUGUCAGCUGACCACAGCAGGCAGCAAUAAGAUCUUGGAUAUAUUUUUGCUGCGGUUUGGGGCUGUUGUUUUGGAUUAUGAAGUGCCUUUCUGUCUGCGUCUGGAGGCCAUCAGAACCAUAAACUCUAUGUUGGACAGCAGCUCUAAAGACAUAAGGAAGAAACUCUGCCAGUCAGAUGAUCAUGCCGGGCUCUUAGAGGACUUGGCAAAAGCGCUGUCAGACAUUGGUGAUUAUGAAAUGCAGGUGGCCAUUUCUGAAGCGCUCUGCAGGAUGACGCCAAGGAAACUAAGAGAAGACUUUGCUGGCAAAUGGUUCCAUUUCAGAAGCUUUGCUUCAGCUUUUACUUCAAUUCGUGACAAAGAUUUUGAAACCGACUGUAGGACAUUUCUGAAUGAACUCAACAGCUACUUUGGAAACUCAAGAAGAGUCUUCUCUUUCCCUUGUAUUCAGGCUUUUCUUGAUGCAGCUGAGCUGUUUAAGCCUGAAGAUGAGUUUCUAAAGGAGUUUUGGGUAGAUUUCAACAUUGGAACAUCAACCAUUAGUUUCUUUGUGAAUGACCCAAAGAACACACUGUGGGAGUUGAUUCACCUGCCUAAAGAUGUUGUCAGCAUGUAUGAUCUUCAAGAGCAUAAUGAUCAGAAGAUACUGGAAGUUCACAUGAGUACCCCACUUUCUCAUGGAGAGAUCACUGGCAAAACUGUCAAAAUCAUCUUUAGUGCAGAGCAUAAUAUUGAAACGGCCAUGACAAAAGUUUUUCCAGAUAAACCAGAGUCUUCCUCAGUUUCAAAGGAAGCUGUGCAAACAGGGGGUUGCUUGACCAAUACAGAAGGAAACCAGCAUGAACAAACGUCAGUGCCACAGACUUUUACCAGAAUGUUUUCUCUUAGUCCAUCUGCUGCAGAAACGAAAGUCAUCCAUCAGCCUUCCCCUUUGCGUGGAACAAACAGAUGUUCAAGAUCAAAAGUUAAAGGAACCUCGGGUCAAGACAUCUUACAGUUUAAGGAUCACUCAGAUUCAGAGGUUGCACAUGCCAAGACUGUAUUGUUCUGUCAGACAUCAUCAUCUAAUGGAUCUACGAAAUCUCUCCCUGGCACUCUGGGUAGAACUCCUGUUAAGAAGAAAAUGAAGAUGAUUCAUUCAGAUGACUGGGGUCUCCACAAGGACACUCCACGUGCUGUCUACAGCAGGAGAAAGCCUAGAGCUAAGGGCAAACUCAGAGUUCUUCCUCUUUCAUCCCCCAGCAGUAAUGAGGAGUUCUCUAAGUAUUCAACACCCAAAGAAAGACUUCAAGCAAAGGAAAGAGUGGCAAGUGAAUUUUGGCCGUCUCAAGUCAAACUAGGGAUAUCACUGAACAUGGAUUCAUCCUACAAAGAGUCCACUGCUGAUUCAGGUUUUUACAACAAGACUGAAACCAGUUUACCACUAGAGGAACUUGAUGAUGAUGAUGAUGAUAAUAUUAUUGAAAAGCACAAUUUGGAUAAAGACACAUCAACUCCCCAGAAAAGUGAAGCAGAUGAAUUAUCAGAGCUGUAUGUGGAUCUGAAUGGAGAUAUGCAACUUCCCAAACACCCAGCAUUUCAACCCAGAGGACUUUUCAUGUCUAGCCCACUAGAGGAUGCUGCAGAACAAGUAACUACAGCAUUGGUGGAUGAGGGGUCUGAGGAAGAGCUGGGUGCCGGUGUCAAAGCUGUUUUUAACUCCUUUAAGACUCAGUUGAGAGCACACUUUACUAGCAGGUAUAAGAAAAUUGAAGCCAGAUCACUGCAAUCUUUAACAGACUGUCAAAGAAAUGUGACCUCUCUCUUGGGAACCGUACACAAUCAAAGGUUGAUGCAUUUGGAGCAAUUCCAGAACAUGGUGGUGCAGCAGUUGGCAUGUUUGGAGCAGGACUGUAUGUCUCUCAAAACCAUCGAGAAAGAGACUGUGAAUUUCUGGCAGUCGGAGUCUGACAGAGUUCGGGAAUUCUGUGAUAGACAGCAGAAGAGGUUGGAUACUCUCCUCAUCCCACAUGUGAGUGCUGAAGCACCAUUUAGUUUAUCUGCAAGAGAGGCUAAAAUUACUACGCCCACCACUCUUACAGGUGCCACCACUGCAGAUCCUUUAUAGGACUUCGCACUAUGGUGCUGGUUUUUUUUUUUUUUUAAAUGUCUACUCCUAAUUAAAGUAAUUUUCGUUUACUGAUGUGACAUUAUCAUAUGUAUCAUUUAGUUUAUAAGCACUUGCACUGUUAAAGGCAAUCAUUAAUGCUUUUUGUGGUCAUUUUAAAAAAAAAAAAAAACCCAAAUGUAUAGGUUUGCACUAAAGACUUAAAUAAAAUGGAAAUUGAAACUA